GGCAAAUUUCAAUUAAUCCUUCAGGCACAUUUCAAGUCUUUUCUUCUAAAUUUUUUAUCUCUUAAAAAUAUGGUAAAUGACAACUCAAACAAAAACUUUGGCCGUUCUUGGACCUCUUGUCUACCCGAAGGAGUUGGGCAUAUUAAUGAUAUUUCGAAUGAAGCAGUUUGGACAUUAUCUAGUGCUAAAGAAGGAAUGGGAAUACAUCAAUUAUUGGAUGACAGAGAAGACACUUUUUGGCAAAGUGAUGGAUUGCAACCCCACACAAUCACAAUAGAAUUUCAGCGUCGCACACCUAUCGAUUUUUUGGUUGUUUAUUUGGAUUAUAAACUUGAUGAGUCAUACACGCCGUCAAAAAUACAAAUACAAACAGGAUCUUCUGUUCUAGACUUGGAAGACCCAAAAACCGUUACUUUUUCUGAACCAACAGGAUGGCAAUUAAUUGAUUUAAGAAAGGAAAAAACUUCUAAAAAACAACAAACAUCACAACAGGCAUUUGCUAUAGUUAUUCAGAUUGUUCAAAAUCAUCAAAAUGGAAGGGAUACGCAUAUACGUGGUCUUCGAGUUCUUGGCCCUGGAAGUGCUCAUAAAAACAUGUUGAUUAGAGCUCUAGCAAGAAACGAAGCUUUGGCACAACAUUUUUCUGAUUUGUAUUUUAAAAAGACAAUUUUUUCAAAUGGCACAAUUAGAUGA